AUGGAGACUUUGCUGCUUAGACCAUUCUUAUCUGUCACUACAGAAUCAUUUCCGAACUCCUUUACCUAUUUGAUAGCUGGAACCACUUUGAUCAUUGCGGUUCUCCUUUUAGAACUCAGAUCAACGAGGAUAUACCUAGUUGAUUUCACUUGCUAUCUGCCUCCUGGUAGAUUGCGGGUUCCAAAGGCGCACUUCAUCGAACAUGUGGAGAUGUCUAACAUCAAUGGCAGAGAGGGUAUUGAUUUCCAAGUAAAGGUAUGGGAAAGAUCAGGCAUUGGUUCAGAGACUAGCAUGCCUGAUCCACUGCACGAAAUCCCGCCUCGUGAGUCUUUGGAUGAUACUCGUAACGAAAUUGAAAUGGUUUUCUUCACUGUUGUUGAAGACCUUCUUUCCAAGCACAAAAUUGAUCCAAAAAGCAUCGACAUUCUUGUGUCAAAUUGCAGCAUUUUCUGCUCAACACCAUCCAUUAGUUCAAUGAUCAUAAACAAGUUUGGAUUUCGAAGCGACAUAAAGAGCGUCAACCUCAGUGGAAUGGGCUGCAGUGCUGGAAUCUUGUCAAUUUGUUUGGCCAAGGAUCUUCUCAAAGUUCACAAAAACUCGUUGGCAUUAGUCCUCAGCAUGGAAGCUGUAACUCCCAACGGCUAUGCGGGUAAGGAAAAAUCAAUGCUUCUUCCAAACGUCUUGUUUCGGAUGGGAGGGGCUGCUAUUCUACUGUCGAAUAGGAAGCAGGACAAAGGCAUGUCAAAGUACAAGCUCCAGCAUCUUGUCCGAACCCACCUUGGUUCGAAUGACGAAGCAUACGAAUCUGUUUUCCAUAAAGCAGAUGAGGAUGGAUGUGAAGGGGUCUCACUAUCAAGAGCCCUGUUGAGUGUGGCAACAAAAGCUCUUAAAACAAACAUAUCAGCUCUGGGGCCACUUGUGCUACCAUACUCCGAGCAGUUUCGGUUUGCAUGGUCAGUGAUCCGUAAGAAAAUCAGGAUCUUACCAAGGCAGAAGGGAGUUUAUGUGCCAAAUUUCAAGAAGGCUAUCGAACACUACUGUAUACAUGCUGGUGGAAGAGCAGUGAUAGAUGGCAUAGAAAAGAGUCUGAAACUGCAAAAGGAAGAUGCAGAGGCUUCAAGAAUGACAUUACAUAGAUUUGGAAACACAUCUUCUUCUUCAAUUUGGUAUGAGCUUUGUUAUUUGGAAGCAAAAGGAAUGGUGAAGAAAGGUAACAAAGUAUGGCAAAUUGCAUUUGGAAGUGGCUUCAAGUGCAACAGUGCAGUUUGGAAAUGCGUUUCGGAUGUUGAUCCAACAAAAAGAAAUGCAUGGUCAGACGGCAUCAAUUUGUACCCUAUAAUUGAUGAUGAAAUCCCAACUUAA